GCCGUGUCCUCCAACCCAACUGUCUCCAGCAACUCCUCCUCCUUGGGGCUACACUUCACCCUGAAGCCUGAGGACCACGGCACCACUCUCAAAUGUCACUUGAACACCUCCCUAGCUAACUUAACCAGAAGUAGCGUGGUCAAGCUCCAAGUGGUCUCACCUGCCAGAUUGUUCAACUCCUCUUGUGCCUUGAAGAAGACACUGCAGUGCAGCUGUUCCUUCCACGGGAUCCCCACUCCCUCUGUGCAGUGGUGGAUGGGAGAUGCCCCUGUGGAUGUGAACAGCAUGGAUAACAUCCUCCAGGUGACUUCUACCAUACUUGCCCCCUGGGCCAACAGCACCAUCAACCUCAUUGGGGAGCCAGAAAUACUCACGAGACUUUACUGUGAGGGGAAAAACCAAUAUGGAAUCCACACUUCAAGCAUCUUCUUUAUGCCAGAUCAGAAUUUAGUUUCCAAUGUGUUCAUGAAAGGGCUGAUCCAGGGCAUUAUGUAUGGAGCCAUUGCGACUGCUCUGCUCUUCUUCUGCCUUGUCCUCCUCAC